AUGGGAUUUUUACAGAAUGCUACAACUUUCCAUGUGACUGUUCAAGAUGAUAAUAACAUCGUUGUCUCUUUGGAAGCUUCAGAUGUGGCCAGUCCUGCAUCUGUGUAUGUUGUGAAGAUAACUGGCGAAUCCAAAAAUUAUUUCUUCGAAUUCGAGGAAUUCAACAGCACUUUGCCUCCUCCUGUUACCUUUAAAGCCAGUUACCAUGGCCUUUAUUAUAUAAUCAGUCUGGUAGUGGUAAAUGGAAAUGCGGUUACCAAGACAUCCAGAUCCAUCACUGUAUUAACAAAACCUCUACCUGUAACCAGUGUUUCAAUAUAUGACUACAAACCUUCUCCUGAAACAGGAGUCCUGUUUGAAAUUCAUUAUCCGGAAAAAUAUAAUGUUUUCACAAGAGUAAAUAUAAGUUACUGGGAAGGUAAAGACUUCCGAACAAUGCUUUAUAAAGAUUUCUUUAAGGGAAAAACAGUAUUUAACCAUUGGCUGCCAGGAAUAUGUUACAGUAACAUCACCUUUCAGCUGGUAUCCGAGGCAAAUUUUAAUAAAAGUACCCUCGUAGAAUACAGUGGUGUCAGUCAUGAACCCAAACAGCACAGAACUGCCCCGUAUCCACCUCGAAAUAUUUCUGUUCAUUUUGUAAACUUGAACAAAAACAACUGGGAAGAACAGAGUGGCAGUUUCCCAGAAGAAUCAUUCAUAAAAUCACAAGAUCCACCAGGAAAAGGCAAAAUCUUCCAUUUCACAGACGACACUCCAGAAAUUCCCUCCGGCAACACUUCUUCCGGCUGGCCUGAUUUUAACAGCAGUGACUUCGAGGCCACCCCUCAGCCCCAUUGGUGGGACAGUGCAUCCACACCUCCUGAAAAUGAAGACAAACUUGUGGGCGUCGCGCCCACGGAAUCCGGAAACCACAGCACACUGGGCGAGACCGAGAAGUCCACACCCGGCUCUUUCGCCUUCUUCCCUGUUCAAAUGAUACUGAGAUGGUUACCACCCAAACCACCGACUGCCUUUGAUGGUUUCCAUAUUCUCAUAGAAAGAGAAGAGAACUUUACUGAAUAUCAGACAGUAGACGAAGAGGCACACGAAUUUGUUGCAGAACUGAAGGAGCCUGGGAAAUAUAAGCUCUCUGUGACUACCUUUAGUUCCACGGGAUCUUGUGAAACUCGAAAAAGCCAGUCAGCAAAAUCAUUCAGCUUUUAUAUCAGUCCUGCCGGGGAGUGGAUUGAAGAAUUGACUGAGAAGCCCCAGCACGUGAGCGUCCACGUUUUAAGUUCCACCACUGCCUUGAUGUCCUGGACGUCCCCCCAAGAGAACUACAACAGCACCAUUGUGUCUGUGGUGUCGCUGACCUGCCAGAAACAGAAGGAGAGCCAGCGGCUGGAAAAGCAGUACUGCACCCAGGUGAAUUCGAGCAAACCUAUUAUUGAAAAUCUCGUUCCUGGUGCCCAGUACCAGGUUUUGGUGUACCUAAGAAAAGGACCUUUGAUUGGACCACCUUCAGAUCCUGUGACAUUUGCCAUUGUUCCCACUGGAAUAAAGGAUUUAAUGCUCUAUCCCUUGGGUCCGACAGCAGUAGUCCUGAGCUGGACCAGACCUUACUUAGGAGUAUUUAGAAAAUACGUGGUUGAAAUGUUUUAUUUCAACCCUGUGACAAUGACUUCAGAGUGGACAACCUACUAUGAAAUAGCAGCAACUGUCUCCUUAACGGCAUCCGUGAGAAUAGCUAAUCUCUUGCCAGCCUGGUACUACAACUUUCGAGUAACCAUGGUGACGUGGGGAGAUCCGGAGUUGAGCUGCUGCGACAGCUCCACCGUAAGUUUCAUAACAGCCCCUGUGGCUCCAGAAAUCACUUCCGUGGAAUAUUUCAACAGUCUUCUAUACAUCAGCUGGACAUAUGGGGAUGACACAACUGACCUGUCCCACUCGAGAAUGUUGCACUGGAUGGUUGUCGCAGAAGGAAAGAAGAAAAUUAAAAAGAGCGUGACUCGCAAUGUCAUGACUGCAAUUCUCAACCUACCGCCUGGGGACAUCUACAAUCUCUCAGUCACAGCUUGCACUGAAAGAGGAAGCAACACCUCCUCUCUCCGCCUUGUCAAGUUAGAACCAGCUCCUCCCAAAUCACUCUUUGCAGUGAACAAAACGCAGACCUCAGUGACUUUGCUGUGGGUGGAGGAGGGAGUAGCAGAUUUCUUCGAGGUCUUCUGUGAAGAGAUUGGCUCUAGUCGGGGGUCCCAAUUCCAGGAGCCAAUUUCUGUUUCUUCCCACGUGGUCACCAUCUCCAGCCUCCUGCCUGCCACCGCCUACAACUGCAGUGUUACCAGCUUCAGCCACGGCAGCCCCAGCGUUCCUACGUUCAUAGCCGUCUCCACAAUGGUUCCAGAGAUGAACCCUAACGUGGUGGUGAUCUCCGUGCUGGCGAUCCUGAGCACCCUUCUAAUUGGACUGCUGCUCAUCACCCUUGUCAUUCUCAGGAAGAAACAUCUGCAGAUGGCUAGAGAGUGUGGAGCAGGCACAUUUGUCAAUUUUGCAUCUUUAGAGAGGGAUGGAAAACUGCCCUAUAAUUGGCGUAGGAGUAUAUUUGCUUUCUUAACCCUGUUACCUUCAUGUCUUUGGACUGAUUACCUUUUGGCAUUUUAUAUUAAUCCUUGGAGUAAAAAUGGUUUAAAGAAGAGGAAACUGACUAACCCGGUUCAGCUGGAUGACUUUGAUUCCUACAUCAAGGACAUGGCCAAAGACUCUGACUAUAAAUUUUCUCUUCAAUUUGAGGAGCUAAAGUUGAUUGGACUGGACAUCCCACACUUUGCCGCGGAUCUGCCACUGAACCGAAGCAAGAACCGCUACACAAACAUCCUACCGUAUGACUUUAGCCGAGUGAGACUACUAUCAAUGAAUGAAGAAGAGGGUGCCGACUACAUCAAUGCCAACUAUAUUCCUGGAUACAACUCACCCCAAGAGUAUAUCGCCACCCAGGGGCCACUGCCUGAAACCAGGAAUGACUUUUGGAAGAUGGUCCUACAGCAGAAGUCUCAGAUCAUUGUCAUGCUCACUCAGUGUAAUGAGAAAAGGAGGGUAAAAUGUGACCACUACUGGCCAUUCACGGAAGAACCCAUAGCUUAUGGAGACAUCACUGUGGAGAUGAUCUCAGAGGAAGAACAGGAUGACUGGGCCCGUAGACACUUCCGGAUCAAUUAUGCAGAUGAGAUGCAGGAUGUGAUGCAUUUUAAUUACACAGCCUGGCCUGAUCACGGAGUGCCCACAGCCAACGCUGCUGAGAGCAUCCUACACUUCGUACACAUGGUCCGACAGCAGGCAGCCAAGAGCAAAGGCCCCAUGAUCAUUCACUGCAGCGCUGGUGUUGGGCGAACAGGGACCUUCAUAGCCCUAGACCGGCUCUUACAGCACAUUCGGGAUCAUGAGUUUGUGGACAUCUUAGGGCUGGUAUCAGAAAUGAGGGCAUACCGGAUGUCUAUGGUACAGACGGAGGAGCAGUACAUUUUCAUCCACCAGUGUGUGCAGCUGAUGUGGGUGAAGAAGAAGCAGCAGUUCCGCAUCAGCGAUGUGAUCUACGAGAAUGUCAGCAAGUCCUAGUUUUGGACCCAGAGCGGAAAGAACAUGCUCUGCACUCAUCCUCCCUUGCUUUGAGAAUUUGGGGGGUGGGGGGCCCAACUAGUCAUUUGGCUAAAAUGAGCCCUUGCUUUGUAGUAUGUGGCCAAGGAGAUAAUUUAUCUCACAGAAGCAUUGGGAAGAUUUAGCCUUAAAGAGCCUACAGUGUCUUUUGGACUCUUUCACUUCUGGACAUUUAAUGGAGCAAAUUCAACAGGACAUCAGAAAUGCCGGCACUCUGCAGAGGGCGGGGACUAUGAGACUUCUGAAGAGUUUGGCUGGCCCUCUCCUGGUUGAGCUGAGUUUUUUGUUUUGCUUUGUUUUGUUUUAAGUGCAAUAAUUUUUGUACACGUGUGAUUUUAUCAGAAAGUUGAACUGUUUUCUACCCGCGCCAAUGAUCAACCCCAUAGCCCAGGAGGGGAUAGGCACGGUUAGGGUCAAAUUCAUUAUAGCUCAUUAUUUAAAAGAGGCACAGCCACACAUAAGGAGAUGAUCACUGUACUUCAAAGAAAGUGAAGCAACAACGUAUGUAUGUAUUCCAACCUUGAAUGGGGAGGAGAGAGGGGCUUUACCCACAGAUCAACUGCAUACUUUUUCCUACUACAAAUAUGAAAAGCUGUACUUCAAAAGUAGAGUAGAAAAACAAAUAUUUGUCUAACUUAUUCUAGUUCUUAAUGGUUUUCUUCCUUAUUAACUGUUGAGUGUUUCUUCUGUGGCCCUAUUGGACUAAAGUCACUGUCUGGGUUCUUUUCAAGAAACCAGAUCUGGUUCAGAAGAGUUUCAAGUCUGACCCUAAACUCUGUUGCUGUCUGAGCAGUCUUGGUGCCUAGAGUUCACAUUUCCUUUUCUGUUGACCCACAUCUUUGUGAGUGCUAUUUCUCUGAGAAACUAUACGCUGUGAGAAAGCACUUUCGUUCCCCUGAAGAUUGGGAAUCACGAAGUUACAGCAGUGAACUUCAGCAUGCUGGGACGAUGCUUGGACUUCCUUCUUUCAUAAUGUCAAGCGUCUCUGUGGAUUCCCGCAGAGAUCUCUUAUGGGUUUGUUUUCUUUUGGGUUGUCAGUUUCAUUUUUAACCUGUGUAAGUAGUACCAUUUGAUUUUUGAAUUUUGUAUAAUUACGGUACUUGAUUGUGCUUUGUGACAUGAAUACUGUCAAAAUGGAUAUCGAUGGCAUUGUGGAACCUGUGACUUUGUGCCUCUUCCUGGGAAAUGAGAGGUGAGGGUACAGAUAAACAAAGGAAAGCAUUCGGACUAAAGUAAGCACAAGCUUGCUGCCUCGCAGUGGCAAAGUGGCUAUCACACGCUUUCCUGGGUCCACUGCCAGGAGGCCCGGUGCCUCUCUGUGUGUCUGCUCACGGCCCCUUCCAGACUCCCCUCCGUCCCUGAUCAUCUUCACGAAGCCGCAGAUACAAGAUCAGUUUCCAGUUUCAUCAGAGACCUUAGUGACGGUGAAGGAUGCCAGAUGAACAGCUCUGCACCCCACCGACUCAUGUCACUGAGAAGGCCUGGCCACAGAGCCCUGGCAGAGGUCUCACCCGAGCUGGCCAGCAGGGCUCAGUUUCACCUUGCGGGGUGAGUGGCAGAGGAAGUCCGUACCCUGCAGGUGAACAGCUUGGACUCCUGGGGCAUUGUCCGUCUCUCCUCACCCCCUGUGUUCUACAUCUUGUCUCCCUGAUGCCACCUCCUCCUCUUCUCACUUUACUCUUGUAUUUCCUCUCUUGGUCAUUUUCAUAGCACAUCAUGCCGUUCUCAGGAACAAACACAGUUAAAGGGAAGCGGCAAAGGUCACGUGUGUCGGUCUUAGAUUCUCACACAUGGAUCUGCUGGGGGGAGGUGGGGCGUGGUGGGUGGGAAAGCUCAUGCGCGUUUCCAGCACUGCCACAAGGAAGCUUUGAGAAGUUUUCUUGCCUGGAACGUGACUUCCCAUGAAACAAAGCACUUCAUAAAUAUUUCAUGUUUUCCUUGAGCACCCCUUCACAGUAGGGAUCAAAUAACGCCAGAUCGAGUUUCCCAAAAGAAAAGACGAAGUACCCGGGUUUAGACUGCAGAGUCAGAGGUUAUAUCACAGAAAGGUCGCAGAGAAGUGCUUUACCACAUCAUUCCUCUGUGUGUUUGCAGCCCUCACUCUGUUCACAGAAGCUCCUCAGCCUGCAGAGGUAGGAAAGGCAUCCAUCUAGCACAAGACUUGGGCUUUAAUCCUGAUAAGGACUUUGGAACUUAUCUCCACUGAGGCUCAGUUAACAAGCUGCAGAAUGAUCUGACCAUAGCUCCGUGUUUCAUAGAUACGAGUGCUGGAUGUGCAUUAGCAUGUGCAGUUCAAACAGCCUGUGGAACACACAGAGCUAAAGACUUUAGAAUUGCAAAAUAUUUGCCGUUAAGUGCUAGUAAGAUCAAAUUCCUUGCCUGCAAAAGACAAUUUAUGAAGUUCGUUGAGAAACUGCCAUUAGGGUCUAAUUUAUAAACUUAAUAAUUAACACCAGUAUAUCUGUCACUACACAUUGUGAAAUUUUUUUUUCAUUAGAAAAGAAAAAAAAAGUGACAGCAGCAUUUUUUAAGUAGCCUUUUGUUUCCAAUAUAAGAUCUAAAUUUUCCCGCUGCAAAGACAAAGUGGCCCCUAAAAUUUGAAUUAGGUAAGUUUUUUACAUUUUUAAUGUCAGAUUUUGUAGUGCCUCUCCUCUCCUAAAAGUUGUUCCCUGUCCCCCAAAAGUUGCCAUAUCUCCCAAGGGGAUUGUGGCAUCAACAUGAAAAGCAGGAGCUUGAGGCUUUGGAUCUGAAUUUCCUGCAGGCUACACGAUAGCUGCUUGCUAGAGGAUUGGCCCUUUGCCAAGGAGUUAGAAUUACAAUUUGUAAGAGGCAAAAUUGAGUCCAAUUUGUAAGAGCCAAAAUUCUCCCUGCUUUCGAGCAGGGAGGCCUUCCUUUGCACCUCGGGAAACGUGUGAUGCAAUGUGCUUCUAAUAGCUGGCUCGCUUCCUAGAUCACAGACCUCUAGGCUGGUACUGGCACAAGGAUGGAGUCCAGGAGCCAUGCCCAUGACUGGAUCCGACAUUUGCUUUGGCCAAAGAGCAGCAAAAACAUAACAUCCAAAACUGCAGGCUUCUGCCCCCGAUCUUCAACAGCCUAACUCAGAUGCACGUGAAAGAAAUCUCAGCCAUGACAACUCUGAGCCCUGGCUUUCAGCGCAGGGGGGCGGGGGCUUUUAUUUCCCAUUUCAGCUGGUGUUUAUCACAAGGCUUCACCCUGAUGGGUCACUUGAUUCCAGACAGAGUACAGCGUUGAGUUCUGGGAGCUGCGUUAAAGAGGCCCUGAGCAGCCUGGAGGUUAUCCAGGCAGGGUCACCAGUACGGUUCGGAGUACAUAAAAAAUGGCAGGUCCGAGUAACAACACUGGGGGAAAUGGGGCUGUUUGAUCUCACAUAGAGAUUAUUCAUUCAACAUUUGAUCAGGUUCAAGGAAUCAGUCAUCGAAUGGAAGGUUUCUUGGCCACCUGCAGCCAUGUUAGGCAUUAUGAUAGGCAGAAAUGGAGAAAUGGGUUUUUACAUCAUGUUAAGAAUCAGUUUCAUUGCUCGUGAAUGAAAAGGAAUCAGUCAAGUUUAGCUCAACAUUUUUUCCUUUUAUGUCCCAAAACUUUGACAAUAUAUCUUCCCACCAGGCAUGCCCACAAGCCAAUAUAAUGGUAAGGUUUUGUUUUGUUUUGUUUUCAGGUACUUAGGAUUGAACUCAGGGCCAUCACACAGAACUACAUCCCUGACCUUCCUACUCUCCUCCUUCCCUUCCCAUCCUCCUCUUCCCCUUCCUUCUUACUUAGAGAUGGUAUCUCACCAAGUCACCCAGGCUAGGCGCAGAUUUGUGAUUCUCCUGACUGACCUGCAAGCUUUUUUUCUCCAGGGGCUCACCUAUCGGAAGAUCAGAUAAUCAUUGCUUUUGCUGCCCACAGAGACCCUGCCUGGAACAUGACUUCCUCCUCAGAGAGUUGCCAAGCUGGCUUUCCCCUGGCUCAGAGCAGGACUCAUAGUAAGGGUCCUACUAGCCUAAGGAUGUAAGAGAUGCGUCCCUCAAGGACACAGGCUUGAAGCCCAAGUCCGUUUCUCUAUGAUAGGGAAAAGGUGCUGUAAGUGUAUCACUGCCCAAGGCUGCACUGAAGAGAGCCAGGAAGAGCUGCUCUCACAGGCAGCAAGGAUGGUGUUUUUGAGGCAUGAUCAAAAUACACGGUGACUCUUUAAGCUUUGAGAAAUUUAGUACAAUAAAAAACACGGUGCGGUUAAACUCCCUUAAAAUACUCACUGGAAGCACACUUACCCCAUUAUUUUAUCCUACUUUCUGGAGCAGCUCUGGAAUUCAUCUUUUGUGAGUGUCUUUAAGAUAUACGAGCAAAGCUAUGGUACGUGCUGCUGCCGGGCACCAUCCAACAGAAAAGCAGGCUCACAGAGACACCGCUGCAUGUCCUUCUCCACCUGAGCCACCAGAUCUAGCACUGUGCUCGUCCCCAAAGUCAGAGUGACCAUGAAAGAUAAAGAUCCUAAAUCAACUCAAGACAUGGAGGCAGCUUUGACAGUACAAUUAAAGACAAGAGAGAGGCCUUUCAGAACUGCUUCAGAAAGUAGUGAAAAUGAUGGAAUAAGUGAGUUCAAAGCAAGGGG